CACACGUGGGGCCCCCCCUCGGCACCUACCCCGGCCAUCCCCCCGCCACACACAACGGCCUGCACAGCCUCAGGAGCAGCAGCGCCAGCAGCGCGGCCAGCCUCAGCCUCCCCAAGCACGUGUCCCCCCACGGGCCGGGCCCAGCCCUGCCUCUGUCCAUCUCCAACCUCGCUACCUCGCACUUUGCGCUCCGUUCCCAGGCCCAGCAUCAGCACCACGCGGCGGCCAUGUUUGCUGCCCCCCCCACGCUGCCCCCUCCCCCAUCGCUCCCUGCCAACAGCCUGGUUAUCCCCGGACACCCAGCCGAUCACGAGCUGCUCAGGAAAGAGCUGAACACGCGUUUUCUGGUCCAGAGCUCGGAGCGGCCCGGCGCCUCAGGGGGCCCGGGCUCGCCACUGCGGGCGGAGUUCCACCAGCACCAACACACACACCAGCACAUACACCAAUACACAUUCGCCCCCUUCCCUCCCGGGCCGGCCUCCACGCCGCCGCUCCUCUCGCCCUCCGCGCCCGCCCCCUUUGACAAAUACGGGCCCAAGCUGGACAGUCCCUACUUCCGACAUUCCAACACGUCAAACCCCAUCGACGUGGCGAGCCGGCCCAGCACCGUCCAUCACGCCCUCCUGCAGAAAACUCCAGGGGUGUCUGACCCAUACAGGACACAGGUCAGGAUGCACCUGGAUCCGCACAAGCUGGAGAUUGGCGGCAAGCUGGACCUGUUCAGCCGGCCCCCGGCCCCCGGGGUGUUUCCCGGCUUCCAUUAUCCCCAGGACCUGGCCAGACCGCUUUUCUCCACCACAGGCACUGCCCAUGCAGCCACCACCCCGUUUGGCCCCUCGGCCCAUCACAGCAGCUUCCUGCCCACCAGCCACCUGACAGACCCCUUCAGCAGGUCCAGCACCUUUAGUGGCCUUGGCAACCUGGGGAGCAACGCCUUUGGAGGCCUGGGCAGCCACGCACUGGCUCACAACAGCAUCUUUGCUCACAAGGAAGCCACGACGCUGCAGAGCUUUAGCAACCCCCACGAGCCCUGGAACCGUCUACACCGCACCCCGCCCUCCUUCCCAACCCCUCCACAGUGGCCCAAGCCCGGAGACCCGGAGCGGAGCUCAGCCCUGAGCAACCACGACCGAGACCGGGAGCCCGAAAAGGGCAAAGAGGAGCGAGAGCGGGAUAUCCUGGACAAAAGCCGCCAUUCAAACCGGUCCUCCCCAGCCUCGGCCCCCGUGACCCAUCAGAUCAGCAACCUCAUCCGCAGCAACAGCCAGACCUCCAUGGAGCCCUCCCGGCCGGCCGCAGGCCUGGGCGAGAGGGAGCCCCCGGACCGCCUCCGGGAUGCCCCGCUGCCCGAGCACAAGGUCAAGGAGAGCCGCUCUCCGGUAAAGGAGGCCCCGAGCCUGGAGAAGCGGCCCCCGGAGGAUGGCGGAAAGCCCGUCAUCCAGUCCGUGUCCCCCUACAGCAAGCCCAGCCUCAGCGAGAGCCUCAAGCUCAGCGGCCUGGUGGCUGCCAAAGAACUGGAGCGGAACCCCGAGCCGCUCAAGAACGACGUGAAGGUGAAGGAGGAGCGCAAGGAGGACGGCGACGUGCUGGUGGUGGGGUCCGAGCCCUCCCGGGAGCCUCCCGCGGCUCCGGCCCUGCACGGGCUGCCCCUCCCCCACUCGAUCGCCCCCGCCUCCGUGCCUCUGGCCAUGGGCGGGGUGCACCCCCUGGGAGGCGUGAACGUGCUGGACCGCUCCCGGGUCAUGACCCCCCUCAUGGGCAUGAGCCCCCUGACUGGGAGGGAGCGGCUCCCGCACCCCGGCUUCUCGUGGGAGCCGCUCCGGGACCCGCUGCGGGAUCCCUACCGCAGCCUGGAUCUGCACCGCCGCGUGGACCUCCAGCUGCGCUCAGACCCCUUGGCGCACCGCCUCCCCGUGGCGGGCUCGGGCUUCUACGACCACGAGCGCCCCUACCGGGACCGGGAACCCCACGACUACACCCCCGAGAGCCUGCUGGAGGCCCGGCGGGAGCAGCAGGAGCGCGAGCGCCUCCAGCUGCGGGAGGAGCUGGAGCGGGCCCGGGCGCACCACCUGCACCCACCGCCCAUCGACAGCCACCUGGCCCACGUGCCGCCCUUCAUGCCUCACCUGAGCGGGGUGCACUACCCCAGACUGAGCCCCUCGGCCGCCACCGCCCUGCACAACGGGAUCCUGGCCAGGACCCCGCCCACCGCGGCCCUGAGCGCCCCGCCCCCCCUGGUGCCGGCAGGGGGCGCCCGGCCCGCCUCCCCCCGCAGGACUACGCCCCUCACAAACUCGGAGGCCAGGGACUACUCCCCGUCCCGGAACCCCAAAGAGGUGGAGGCCCGGUAGUCCCCUCCCCACCCCCACCCCGAGAAUUUUAAAGCUCCUGUACAGAAACAGAAUCUUUUACAAAAUGCACUGCUGUAAACUUUUUUUUAUGUAAAUUUGUAGACCUUAAGCACAGUUCCAUAAAUCCUGGGGGUUAUACAAACUUCGCACCACCAAGCUUGUGUAGCCGGGAAUCGAGCGUGGCGAGACGGUCAGGAAGGCUCCCGCACCCAGAAGCGUCCCAAAUGCCUUUGUAGGUGGUUUUUUCAUUUCGUGCCCUUGACUCGCUUGACAGAAAGGCUGGCUUUUGGGGUCCUUAGUUGGCUUUGCCCUUUGCCAUCCUCAGCUUCUUCCUCACCGAGGUGACUCCCAGGGUUUGUUUCUUAAAAGUCUUAUUUAUGGAGAAAACUGUUAUUUCCUACAGCGCACUGUGAGGCUCCCAGACAAGACCAGCCGGUCCUUCCCUCCCCUUGGUACUUUGGAACCGAAGUUACAGAUAUAUAUUAAAAUAAUUAUUAAUAAUAAUAAUGUACAAAACUGUUUGUUUUUUGCCUUAUUAUAUUAUGCAGAAAUUUUAAGAGGGAUUCUUUUUGACUUCUUGUUUAAAAAACAGAAACCAAGGAAACAAUUGUAAAUAUCCUAUUAAUAUAAAUGUAAAACAUUCAAUUCUUAACCUAAGUAGACUUUAUAAAACAAAAAUGGUUUCUAGAACCACUUUGGUUAUUCGCUAAAAACUCCUCUGCUAUCUGGGGGAAACAGUCUCUAGAGAGCAAGGUGGCCUCCGUGGUCCCUUCGGGAAUAGCCUAGCUGUGGGAGAGCCCCCGGGCAGCUUGGGUCGGGGGGCAGCCACCGGAGGGGGCACUUUCUUCAGGCCAGACACCGGCCCGGAGUGCCCAGAGGAACGCAGAGCUCGGGAAAGAGGCCACACAGAAAAGGGCCCGUCCUAGAAAGAGAGGCAGCCUUCGCAGCUCCUACCCAGAGAUGGGCCCAAGGGGUCCGGGAAGGGAUGAGAUCAUGGGGAGGGGGAGCAGAGAGACCUGCCACAGGGAGGGGGGUGCCCUCGAGGAGUGUAGACACAGCCGAGGAGUGUAGACACGACCGGGAGGGACUAGCGGUCCCCACGACUAGCAGAAACAAUUUUCUAUGGACCUUUGUGCUCAUUGUGCAGUGUUCUUACUGGAACUGGUAAACAAAACAAGUAGAAUUUUAGGAGUGCAAAAAAAAAAAAAAGUCUACUGGUUGAUUUUUUUUUUUUUAAUUUUUUUAAUUUUUAAAGGCAGAAGAAAUUCUGAUAUAUUCUCUGUAGUACAUGAAGCCCAUCAGCCAACGUUUGUUUCUGUGUGGUUCUUUGGCCUUGACCUCUGUGGCAUGACAUGGUUUUGGUUUCCAGUUUUACUUUUGUGCAUAUAUAUAUAAAUAUACAAACAUAUAUAUAUGUCACCAUGCUUUC